ACUUGUUUCAACAGUCAGUACUCAUAUGCAUUGCAGGUAAUUUAGAAACUUAUCGGCGGGUGGCAUCUAAGCUUAAGCUUGGAACCUCUGAAGAUGAAUAUACAGAAAAUGUUAGCUCAGUCUUGAUUAAAUCUCCACAAAGUACAGGGGACACUGAUGUUACUGGACAAGUUAAGACCGGUAGGAUUCCUGUUCGUUUAUAUCUGUGGACAGUCAAUGAGGAGUUUGAUGAUUUUGAAGAUGCUCCUCAAAUUGAUAAUUGGGACAAAGUCUCAUAUAUCAAUCGUCCUGUUGAGCUUUAUAAGGAAGAUGGUAAAUACUUUAGUUUAAAUGAUGCGGUUAAAAGAAUAUUACCUGAGUUUUUUCUGGAGAGUUCCUUUGUAAUUGAAGGAGAUACAGACAUUAACCAAAGUGGAGAAGAGGGUGAAAGAUCAUCUGACCCCGGGUCAUCUUGCAACGCAGCUGAGAUUGCUGAAAUCAAAUCUGUUCGUAUUCAAGGGAUAGAACCGAUUUUAGAUAUACCUUUUUCUUGGGUCGUCAACAACUUGAUGAAUCCCGAGUAUUUUCUUCAUAUGUGCGUAUGCUUAAAAGUUAAGGUCAAUGCUGUGCAAUAGGGAUAAAUUUAGUUUUGUUGGGAAUACAUUUACUAGAAAAAAAAAUCAGAAGAUGCAAUUUUUUUGUAUAUAAAAUGUACAAAACGGUUUCUUAUCAUAUUCAUUUCAUAAUUAUUCGAUUGCUAUUUUCCAGUUCAAAGUGUAGUAAUUGUUGA